AUAAUUCGCAGACCAGCAAAAGUUUGGCUUUUUUCGGUCUCGUGUCUCCCUGUCGACGAUCGACGACAUUUCGCCAGCGCCGAUUUUUACCCCGAAUUUGGCGCGAUCCGGCGGCCGCAGCGGAUAGUCCCGUCGCCCGUUAGUUAGUUAGCUCGGUCCUUUGAUGAAUUACAGGCGCUGUCCGGGCCCCGCGCUGGUGCGCCUGCUUGCGACGCCUGCCGCGUCACAACUCCAUCCGAGACGGGCACGGAGCUGCCAACCUCCAUGCACAAUUAUAAUUAGCCAUCCUGGCAACACUAGCACCACCACUACCACCACCACAACCGCCGGCUCCUCGUCGGGGACACAUCACCCACAACUCGGAUCCGUGCGCGUCUUCCAGACCUUCUCCCCUUCCCGAGCAUUUACAAACCGCAUGCAACGGUUGCUACAUCCAGACCCCUCGCCAUCACACUCCUUUCUCUCGCCAACGACGACGACGACGACGACAACGACGACCUCUACAUCCAGCCCAAGACCAAUAUACCACCACCACCCUCCACCCGGCACAAUGGGUAGCGGCGCGACGCAACAGACACGAGGCCACGCUGGCCAUGGCCACGGACACCAUCACCAUCACCAUCACGGACUCCAUCACCACCACCACCAUGAUAACGUCUACCUCACCUCCACCAACAAGAGCGACGCCGGCGUGCGCAUCACCCGCAUCGGCCUGUACUCGAACCUGGGCAUGGCCAUCGCCAAGGGCGCCGGCGGCUACGUCUUCAAUUCGCAGUCCAUGAUCGCCGACGCCUGGCACUCGCUCACCGACUUGGCUUCGGACGUCCUGACGCUGGCCACCGUCUCGUGGAGCCUGCGCCCACCCACCGACAAGUUCCCCCACGGUUUCGGCAAGGUCGAGAGCCUGGGCUCCCUGGGCGUCUCGAGCAUGCUGCUGUUCGGCGGCCUCUUCAUGUGUAUAAGCAGCUGCGAGAGCCUCUACGCCCACUUCUUCCUCGACCCCGAGUCCGCCCGCGCGCUGCUCGAGCACGGCCACGGCCACUCGCACGCCCAUCACCAUCACCACGGCCACGGCCACGACCACGCCGCCGGCGCCCCGAGCCUGCACGCCGCCUGGCUCGCCGCCGGCACCGUCGCCAUCAAGGAGUGGUUGUAUCAUGCCACCAUGAAAGUCGCCCGCGAACGCAAGUCGUCGGUACUCGCCUCCAACGCGGUCCACCACCGCGUCGACUCGCUCACGGGCAUCGUCGCGCUGCUCGCCAUCCUCGGCGCCAACCUGCUCCGCGACGCCACCUGGCUGGACCCCGUCGGCGGCCUGUUCAUCUCCCUGCUCGUCAUCCGCGCCGGCUUCUCCAACACCCUCGCCGCCCUGUACGAGCUCGCCGACCGCUCCAUCGACGAGGAGGUGCGCGCGUCCGUCGCGAAGCAGGUCUGCAAGGGCCUCGCGAGCCUCAAUGAUAAUCACUACGACGACCACGACCACGACCACGACCACGACGCCGACCAACACCGCAGCAACAGCAGCAGCAGUGUCCGCGGCGAUGACGUCGAGCUGCGCGAAGUGACGGGCGUCAAGUCCGGCCAGAACUACCUCGUCGACGUCGAGCUCGCCGUCCCCGGCCACUGGACCGUCGAGGACGUCCGGGCCGUCGAGGAGGCCGUGCGCGCCCGCGUCGGCGCCAGGGUGCGCGGCGUCAGGAGGCUGCGCGUCCGCUUCGUGCCCCGCUCCUCCGACCCUGCCGCCCCCCCGGGCCUCUUUGACGAGUUCAUCCCGGCAAAUGUCAGCCCCCGGAGCAACCCGGAGCCGGAGCCGGAGGUGGAGGAGGAGGAUGACGAGCGGGAGGAGGAGGAGGAGGGAAGCGGGCAUGGCAAGGGCCACAAGGACCUGUGAACACGCUUUCCCCCCAUUCCCG